UGUCUGUCUGCCCAUCUGUCUAUCUGCAUGCUCCGCCCAGCCUGCUUGCUCACUCUUCUUCCUUAUACUCGAGUAUCACCUACGUGCUAUUUCACUUGGCCUCAUUUCAAGCUGGUCUUUCUUUCGAUAUUUCUGGCUCCUCGUGCCGCGUGCAUCGGACUUUCUUUUGGGGGACCAGCCGUUAUUGCUGCUGCGGAGUACCACCGCGCGUGCCUUGUUGCGUAGAAAUAUGUGAUUUGGCUAACCAGUCUCAUCACCUUCUCUCCUUUCAUUCAACAACAGGGCAUUAUCCCACCUUGGACCCCCCUCCGUCUGAUGAUAGUCCUGUCAAGUUUCCCUCGCUGGGCUGUCAAUUAAUGCAGUUGGUGCGCGAACGAAUUAAACUGAUGCAGGUAAAAUGAAGGAUUGUCUCCUGUAGAGACGUGAGAAGACUCCUUCAGCAUCAUGGCCAGAGUAUCAGGGAGAGCCACAUCGGUCUUUGCCAGGCGUGCACCGAGCAGAAAUGUCAAAAAAACAGCGCGCAAACAUAAAGUGAUUCUGGAAUCUGUCACACAGGAGAAGAAAAAACUUCGAAGUGUCAUAUCGUUCGAAGCAAAAGCCCCUCCCGGUUACACCUUCAUUCCGGCAGGAAAUCCUCAGCUCACAACUGCCUGUAAGGAAGUCUGUCGAAAGGACAGUUUGAAGGUGUUUGCUGUUUCGACAACACCGCAUAUGCACACACACAACCUCUCUCAGCAUGUUCAUCGGAUAGGAUAUCACUUUCCCAGUGCAGUUGUCGCAAGAGUCUGCAUGGAUCUGGGACUCCAUCUUACAACAACAGGGAAAGCAAUGCCAUUUCAGACCGUGGGUAUCGACAAGUCUCGCAAACGUGCUAACUCGGAUGCGUCUCAGACGACCAUCAACACUGAGGCGAGGGAUGUAAUCAAGGAUCUCUUUCCUAAUAUCCCAGAUAAUGACCUGAAUCAAAUCAUAAAAACUGCUUUCCAGAAGGGUCAGCGGAAGGUGGGCACGGCGGUAGAGUUGCCUUUGGCCCGCCGCGCCCAGCUAGCAGUCGUAGCCCAUAUACGUCAUAUUUACACCGAGUACGAUCAUUUAUUGAAAGCAACGUCGUUUCACGAGGCGAGAAGCGUCGUCGAAGAGCCUACUUUAGCCAAGUUGGUUGAAUGGAGGGGUGACGAUGAGAAUGGAAAGAUCGUUCUUGAGGAUGUCUUCCGUGAGGUCAUUGUGAUAUCCGAUGACGAAGACAGUGACACGGAGGAAGAGGCAAUGCAGUCCUUCAAUCGUGGACAAAGUGUGGUAGUUGUCUCUAGCCAUCCGCGGGCUGAAGAACUACAUACAAAUCCAGUCACAUAUGUCGCGUCUACCCUACGCGAAGCUCGGCUGGAUAUAUCGGAUGAGGAAGCACCGCCUGGAUUCCGUUUCGUUCCUAAAAUCCCUAGGAAUGACAGGCUUGAUCGUCGUGGAUUCAGCCGGUAUCAAGCGUGGGACCGUGCUAUUAACAGGUAUAGAAAUGUAACAGACGGUGCUAAUCCACGCAAACCCGCGGGAAACUCACCCGCCAUCCAACAACCAUUGAUUAGUCGACGGUCGUUACAAGAGACAGCCGGCCUUGGUUCAGAGUCGAUGUUCUACCAUGUUGAGGAUAGACAAAUGUUAUCUGUCCCAUCCCAGAUGACGAAUGAUGUGGAAAUAUCUAGCACUGCGCCGAGAAGAACACUGGCGAAUAAUGCAUUAGAUCAUCAUCUGCCGUAUGCAUUGCUUCAGGCAACCGAGAGACCAUACCAGGUAAACAGAUUCUCACCCCAGUCCAGUGGACCCCCCCUGGAUCGAGCACAGCUUCCACAGGGAGUAAAUCGGAUUAUUCCCAAUGAUGAACCAGCGAAUGGCCCUGUCUUUGUGAGUAGCCAUAGAAUCGUAUCUGGACACCCGAUUGGACAGCAGAGGCGUCUGGAACACCCACACAGCAGGACUAUCUCACACCCGGAGGAUCGCGCCUUGCCCUCUAUAGAGAACCCGUUUCCCGUGGAACCAGGACGCUCCAAUUGUGGCCUGGUGGAGAAGCUUACCAAGAGGAUGUCUGGAGGAUUUGCAAUACGCUCUGUAACUCCCACUCGUUUACCUCUUCGGGAAGCCCCUCGUCGUGGAAUUGAUGAGACCGUCCAAUAUCAAACAGCAAAGCGCAGACGAACCGCAGUCUAUGACCUGACACAAACAGAGAAUUCCCGCCAGAGUUUCCCUUCUGCUAUUGUGGGGAGUGCUCAUCCAGGGGAGCAGUCGGCUCUUUCGACAUAUAUUUCCCCGGGAAGAGGUUCGGUUCAAGAAAAUCCUUCUCUCCGUAGGAACUAUGCAGCCCCAGUUGUUUCCAUUUAUACUACUGAUCGUCAGCCCGAGGAUAAGUUAUAUCCACCCCAUACCCACCGGGUUAACUUCAGGGAAGAUGCGAUCCCACGUCGCAUGUCGUUCCACAACAUUGGUAGUGCCGCAUGCAAUACAUUUUCAAGUGAGAUACCCACUCACUACAGAUCUCCGGCCGAAUCCCGUGCUGCGCCAUCCUUGCGGUAUGCCAUCGUCGAGAGUAGAAAGAAUGAAGGGCUAGCGCCCAUUCAGACCAUUGGCAUGGCAGAAAACAAUCGUGGCCCGCGGGUGCUCAGGCGCGAUAAUAAUCGCCUCAGGCUGCCCGAGGUGGAAGAAACACAGCCAGAUGCUUGGAGUGACAAAAACCAACUUUAUGCUCCUGCUUCGCAAGAGAUGUCUCAGAGAAAGGGCCAUUAUGCUGAAGACUUUGUUCGUGCCAUUGAUCUGAGUAAUUCCGAACCAUUGGAGUAUGUGCCGGAACGUCGUCUUCAGGCAAUCCACGCUUUAGAUACCCGCCCUGGACCUGGCAGGGUUGACCUUGCCCGCGGUAGUCAGCAUGUUAACCAACAGGCUGAGCCAGGAUUACGAGUCCUCCCCGACCUUGUUCAAGCGAACCCCAGGGGGAGUUCCACUUUUCAGAGAUACGGCGUAGUCGAUGACGGAAGUCAGCGCUAUCGCGGAAUGCAAGAAGCUUCGAUAUCCGCAAUGCGCUACACCGACGGACGUUAUGAAGGAGCACCAGUGCUUCCACGAGACUUACCUGAGCUUCAGCGCUACGGCCUACGAACCCAGGAACCAUCCUAUCCUACAUAUUUAAGAGAGUCUGAACGACCUCGCCCCUCAAUCCCGGAUGGUAGAGCCAUUGUUAUCGUGGAUUGAUACUUGUUCGUUCUCAUUCACAGUGUAAAUUUCAUUGGUGAUGUACAUACAUAUAUAUUCUUACAGAUGCAGCAUGCAUGAUACCCAAUUCUAC